UUCUUUGGAAGGGCAGGAGUCUGCAAAGGAAACAGAAAGUUCAGAGGGGUGCAAAAGAAGAAGGAACAGAAUUAGAAAAAGCAGAGGACCUCCCUCCUUCUCAUUCUGCAGCUCCUGCAAGAGCCAGCUACCCAGAAGUAUUACCUAAGCUGCCACAGUAGAUCUUGACCUUUUUAACAGAGUAUCUCUUACCACCAUCAUCAUGGCCGAGAUUACAGCAGAAGGACGUAUGUCUACCACCACGACAAUAAUAGAUGGUAAGAACGGAUCUGUCCCCUCAUCAUCCAUGAAAGUGGGCAAGAAGUCAGUUACGGAAGACCUCGUGACAACGUUCAGCUCACCAGCAGCAUGGCUUCUUGUUGUUGCUCUGAUUGUUACCUGGUCAGCAGUAGCUAUUGUAAUGUUUGACUUGGUGGAUUACAAAGCCUUUGCAGCCACCUAUUCACAACAUUGCGAUGAUCCCUGUUUACCACCUGGAAGAUCUGUUAACAAGCUCAGCACAGAACCACUGAGAAUCAUACAUGAGACACUGGAAGAAUCCACUGAUUGGCUUUAUGGCUUUAUUUCUUUACUGUCUGACAUCGUAUGGAGUGAUGAUGAUGACAGUGAUGAAGGUGAAGUGGAACCUUCCCUGAAAAAAGAAUUUCAUAAACAGAAACCAGAGAGACUUGAAAAACGAACACCACCAAAGGUAAUUCACAGAGACAAACCUGAAAAGCAAGAAAAAAUUGAAAGGAAGGAACCCCUAAAGGUGACACAUAAAGACAAACUGGAAAGACAAGAAAAACCUGAAAGGAAGGAAAGGCACGCAGCUAUUCACAAAGAGAAACCUGAAAAGACAGAAAAACAUGAAAAGAAAGCACCUUCUAAAGUAAUUGAAAAAGGUAAACCUGAAAGACAUGAAAAAGCUGAAAAGAAACCUCCUCCCAAAGAGGAGAAGAAAUUAAAGAGUACUAAAGUGGAAGCAAAAGUUAAAAAGGAAGUGAAGGAUGGAAAAAGAGAAGCAAAGACGGCUGAGAAGGUCAAGCAGACAGAGACUAAAACAACAGAAGUUGGCCUAAUAAAGGCCAAACCAAAAGUUAAGGAGGAGAAAGCUCUUCAGACUGUAACUAAAUCGGAAAAGAAAGAUCAAUAUGCAUUCUGUCGCUAUGUGAUUGACAUGUUUGCGCAAGGGGAUUUUUAUCCAGGACAUAAGGCAAUGGUACCACCUCGUCUUCUUCUAGAACACAGUCCAAGAAAGAAACCAGCAGCUAUUGAAGAGACAAAAGAGGAAAAGAAAAAGACUGAUAUAAAGAGGGCUACGACUGAAGCUAAGAAGAAAGAAAAAGAAGGAAAAAAAGAGAAAGCUCAUGAGAAGGCAGCUGUCCCUGAAAUUAAAAAAGCAG